GUACCCCGUGGUGCCCAACACUCGGGUGCUGCUGGAGGCGUGGCGAUGGCCCUGGGCAGCAGAGGUGGUGAGGCAGGUUUGGGGGUUCAGAGCAGCGCUCGGUGGCUGCUGAUGACCAAGUGGACCUCCUGCCCGCCUCGUCAGCCCUGUCCCCUCCAGUCUGGAGAGGACGUGAGUCAGGCUUUCAGAACAGUGGCUUGCGGCACAGUGAGUCACAAUGAGAUCUUGGGUGGGGCUACAAGUGGAUGAGGCUGAGUGGUGGCUGCAGCAGGAGCAGCUGCAUCUGAGGGUUGAGUGGCUGCUGGGAGGCACUGAGUCGGGCAGGAAGUGAGGUGAGGGGCUCACUGAGGACCCACAAAGACCUUCCUGGCUGCCCCAGACAGGGCUAAGGAGGAGCUGUGCCGUACGUAGCCUUGGUAAGCUGCUCCAUCCUCCAGCACGGGCAGAUCCCCAAGCCUCUUGGCACUCCUGGGAUCAGGGAGGGCACUAGGCUGUGUCCAGGUUAGUGGUCUUCCCCCACCCUCAUGCAAGAAACCAACUCCUAUAGGCUGGAUAGACUCACCCUGACCCCCAGAGACCACCCCCUCACUUUCUGACUCCUGCAGAUUUCAGGUGGGUGCCCAGCCCCCAGCCUUGCUAAGACCGAUCCUAGGAAGGGUGUAGGUCUUGAGGGGGCACUCAGUGCCUGAAAGCAGCCGAGUCCUGCCUGCUGAUCCUCCCACCCGCCCCCGCCGCCCAUUCCAGCUUCUCAGGGAGCCAGGCUCCAUAGUGAGUGGCUUAGGGGCACCACCUCGGACAAGGGGCCACACCUGGGUAGAGUGGCUACAGAUGAGGUCUGUGGGCUGUGACAGUCCGGGGGUAUGACUCUGGGGCUUCCCCAGAUCUUGGGUUUAGGCUACAGUGACCACAGCCUUGGUCAGGUCACAGCUGCCCUGGCCAUACUCCCCUAUCACCAUAGCUGCUGCCUCUCACUGUGAAGGGGCUCAGCCAGAGGCAGGAAGGUAGGCGCCCCUCCACAAUGGCAGAGCUGCAAGGCCUGGGGCUUUGUGUGUGCUGAGUCAGAGCCAAGGAGAGAAGCCCACCAAGGGAGUGAGCUGCACAAGUGGAGCAAGAGGGGUGUGCCAGACCCCUCAGCCAUCCCCUAGUACCCCUCUCUUCUGUCCCCAGGGCCCUGCUUCACAGGAUGGGGCCGCCAGUGCCUGUGGCCCUGCCAGCCAUCUGGGUGCUAGGGUGUUUCUCUCUGCUCCUCUGGCUGUGGGCGUUGUGCACAGCCUGCCACAGGAAGCAGGUGCAGAGCCAGCAGGCAAGACUGCAGGACACUGUGAUGCUGGCAGAAACGUCCCUGCUGAGACAGACUCAUCUCUGCCCCCUCAGCAAGUCUGACACCAGGCUGCAUGAGCUGCACCGCGGUACCCAUGGCAGCAAAGGUGAGGUGACUACCAGAAGGACACAUGGGGAGUGGCUGGCUGCAGCUUGGGACCACACCUGCUGUCCACCCCUAAUGGCCUCUGGCCUGACCUUACCCAUAGCCCUGAGGCCUGCCAGCAUGGAUCUCCUGCACCCACACUGGCUAGAAGUUUCCAGGGGUAGCGCCAGACCACUGGCAGCCCCCUCUGCCUUCCCACGUCAGCAGCUGCCGGGGCCCCCAUCUGCGACUGCCUUCACACUGUCCACUGGUCCUGAGGCCACCUAUUCUAAUGUGGGGCUGGCUGCCAUCCCUAGAGCUAGCCUGGCUGCCAGCCCUGUGGUAUGGGCAGGGACACGGCUGACCACUGGCUGUGACAGGCCAGGGCACUGGGCCAGACCUGUACUGGCUGAGUAUGCCUCCAUCCAGAAGCUCAGAGGGUCAGAUCCGGGCCCCCAAGAACUGCAGCAAGGGAAGACUGAGGUGACCCCAGCUGCUCAGGUGGACAUCCUGUACUCCAGGGUCUGCAAGCCUAGAAACAGGGACGCAGGGCCCGCCACAGACCCACCGGGCCGUGAGGGCACAGGAGCAGUUCUGACCCUGGAGACUGGCUUAACCUAUGAACCGCUCCCUCCUAGGGGCCUGGACAUGGACAGCAAUCCCCUGGAAAAUGUGUAUGAAAGCAUCCAGGAUGUGGGGACCCCUGAAAGUCCAGAGCCCUCCAUUCUGCCUAUUAGCAUAAGCGGACAUAUGUAGAGCAGAAGACCCUGCCUCUGCCUUCCUCUGCCUAGGGAAGGUUUGGAGUGUGGCCCCCCUGUGUCCUGAGCACCCAGUACCUGUGCUCCUUCCUCCAGCUUGAGCCCCCCGGUGAUUGAGGCCUGUGUACUUCCACUGCGUUGCUGUGUCCACGUGGUCUCUCCUCUCCCAACUUGAGUCCUAAUAAAUCCAACCACUGGAGGACGGA